AUGGAAGUGAUUCUCCUAAAGUGCCUGAGGAAAAGUGCGUCAAUUUCUGAUGCAAAUGCUGGACGGCUCUGUGGUACUCUGGAAGCCAAAUGGUUACAGUUGAUGAAUGGUGGAAUGGCGUUGCCGCAACUGCCCUGUUUGAAAAUGGAGCACAUCGGCUUAAUGGAGCUUCGCCGGAUUCCGGGCGAUCGAAAAGAACGGCUGAAAAAUGGAUGUUCAUCUCCAGACGGAUGGCGCGUGACUCCUUCUGCGUCGGUGGAGUUCCAUCUGGUCUUCGGUGAAGAUGACGACGUCGUAAGCAAAGAGCAGAUGGGUGAGUCGUUCUCCGUAGAUGUUAAUUACGCCACUCUGGUUCCAGGGGAUUUCACAGGGAUUCCAGCGCCGUCGAAAGAAACCUAG